AACUUGUCCUAGCUGUUCACUCGCUCUGUGAGAGCAAUUAGAUUCAGCGUCGCUCCCAGUGCCUCUGCAAUGACUCAUUGAAACAUCUUCUGUGCUGAUAAAUCCGCAUCUCUGCCCCCACCCCCACCAUCACCUCACACAUACACACUCGCCCCUCACGCGCACCCUCGCACGCGCGCGCGCACGCACGCACGGAGAGGACGCACAGUUGGGUCUGCCGUCGGUCGGACUGCGCUUCUUACUUUGGAUUUGCAGAGCGGCGGUGUGGACCUAGACUUUAUUGUGUUUUUUUUCCCUACGUGGGGAGGAUUUCGCCUGAAGUCGGGACUUACAUAAAAGACUCAGACGGCGGAGAAACGGGCUGAGACGCGGACCCGCUCCUUCUCCUCCUCAUCCACCGACCGCUUGUCCGGACGCGCAGAGGAGCACAAUCCACGGGGAAAUCAUCCACGGACAUUUUCUGCUCGCCAUAACUGGACCGUAGUCGUUUCACAGCCCAAACUUAGCGCACAUAUUAGGAUUCGGGCGUAAUGUGGACGGUGGAUUUGAUGGAAGUCCCCGCAGCGGCUGAGGCUCAUUCCUGCGCAUUUUGAUCCUCCGCGGGAUGAGGAUUUCCUUUCAAACUGGACCGAAGGUAGCCAGAGAUCAUCCCAGGAAACACAUACAGCGGCAGACGGUCUUCAUGCAGGCUCUCAGGAUGGGGAGCUCUGAGGAAGCGACUUUUCUUGACUGGGGAUCCGUCUCUCAGCUCCUGGCCUGAGAAGUGGGAUACAGCUCAGUGGAGUUUUGGAGGAGUCUGAAACCCCGAGGCGGGUCACAACCACGACCUCCCAGGCUCAGGCUCACCUCAACAGGAUCAUGUCUGCGCCCAAAAGCUCUUUGUGGAUGUGUCGCUGUUCAGCGAAGGUCAACCUUCUGCUGUGGAUGGGACUGACGUCACUGUGUGCGGCCGCCAUUCAGGCCCAGCAGCACCCUGUUGUCACUACCAAUUAUGGGAAAUUGCGUGGAGUCAAGGUUACAUUACCCAAUGAGAUCCUAGGACCAGUGGAGCAGUAUUUGGGGAUCCCAUACGCGCUGGCCCCAACAGGGGAGCGCAGGUUCCAGCCGCCGGAGCCGCCCAUGUCCUGGCCGGGAAUCAGGAAUGCUACUCAGUUUGCACCGGUUUGUCCUCAGUUCUUAGAGGACCGCUUUUUACUCAAUGAUAUGCUCCCUGUGUGGUUCACCGCCAACUUGGAUACGUUGGUGACGUACGUGCAGGAGCAGAGCGAGGACUGCCUUUACCUGAACAUCUACGUCCCCACGGAGGACGACAUCCAUGAUGAAAACGGCCUAAAGCCUGUCAUGGUUUACAUCCACGGGGGCUCGUACAUGGAAGGCACCGGCAACAUGAUCGACGGCAGCAUCCUGGCCAGCUACGGCAACGUCAUCGUCAUCACCAUCAACUACCGGCUGGGAGUUCUGGGGUUUCUAAGCACAGGAGACCAGGCAGCCAAGGGCAACUACGGGCUGCUGGAUCAAAUUCAAGCUCUCAGGUGGAUCAAAGAAAACAUACAGGCCUUCAAAGGAGACCCGAAGAGAGUGACCAUCUUUGGCUCUGGUGCCGGAGCAUCGUGUGUCAGCCUGCUCACGCUCUCGCAUUACUCAGAAGAUCUGUUCCAGAAAGCCAUCAUCCAGAGUGGCACGGCGCUGUCCAGCUGGGCGGUCAACUACCAGCCUGCCAAGUACACACGGGCCCUGGCUGAGAAGGUGGGCUGCAACAUGCUGGACACCAUCGACCUGGUGGCGUGUCUGCAGAACAAGAACUACAAGGAGUUGAUUGAACAGUACAUCACCCCCGCCAAGUACCACAUCGCCUUCGGGCCGGUGAUUGACGGUGACGUGAUCCCGGAUGACCCCCAGAUCCUCAUGGAGCAAGGAGAGUUCCUCAACUACGACAUCAUGCUGGGGGUCAACCAAGGCGAGGGCUUCAAGUUCGUGGAUGGCAUCGUGGACAGCGAGGACGGCGUGUCGGCUAACGAUUUUGACUUUGCUGUUUCGGACUUCGUGGACCAUCUCUACGGCUACCCAGAGGGCAAGGACACUUUGCGCGAGACCAUCAAGUUCAUGUACACGGACUGGGCCGACAAGGAGAACCCAGAGACCCGGCGCAAGACCCUGGUGGCGCUGUUCACCGAUCACCAGUGGGUGGCGCCGGCAGUGGCCACGGCUGACCUCCACGCCCAGUACGGCUCGCCCACCUACUUCUACGCAUUUUACCACCACUGUCAGAGCGACAUGAAGCCCAGCUGGGCCGACUCUGCCCACGGGGAUGAGGUGCCGUACGUGUUCGGGAUCCCCAUGAUCGGACCCACGGAGCUCUUCAACUGCAACUUCUCCAAGAACGACGUGAUGCUGAGCGCCGUUGUCAUGACCUACUGGACGAACUUUGCCAAAACAGGGGACCCAAACCAGCCGGUUCCACAGGAUACAAAGUUCAUCCACACGAAGCCCAACCGGUUCGAGGAGGUGGCCUGGGUCAAAUACAACCCUAAGGACCAGCUCUACCUGCACAUUGGCCUCAAACCUCGAGUCCGAGACCACUACCGGGCCACCAAGGUUGCUUUCUGGUUGGAGCUGGUUCCACAUCUGCAUAACAUAAAUGAGAUUUUUCAGUACGUCUCCACUACGACUAAGAUCCCCCCGCAGGACACCACCCCCUACCCUUACACCAAACGCUUCCCGGGCAAGAACAACUGGCCGUCCACCACGCGCCACCCGGGCGUGCCGCCCGCCAACACCAAGCAGACCACGGACCAGCGCAAGAGCGGCGACCUGACCGACGAGUCGUCCGUGGUCAUAGAGACCAAGCGGGACUACUCCACCGAACUGAGCGUCACCAUCGCCGUGGGGGCCUCGCUGCUCUUCCUCAACAUCCUCGCGUUCGCGGCGCUCUACUACAAGAAGGACAAGCGGCGGCACGAGUCCAACCGCCGCGUGCCCACGCCGCAGCGCAACUCGGCCGCGGGCGGCGCGCCGUCCGCCGCCAACGACGUGGCGCACCUGCAGAGCGAGGAGCUGAUGUCGCUGCAGAUGAAGCAGCAGCAGCUGGAGCACGAGCACCACCACGAGUGCGAGUCGCUGCAGGCCCACGACACGCUGCGCCUCGCCUGCCCGCCCGACUAUACCCUCACCCUGCGCAGGUCGCCCGACGACAUACCGCUGAUGACGCCCAGCACCAUCACCAUGAUCCCCAACUCUCUGGCUGGCAUGCAGCCUCUGCACAAUUUCAACACUUUUGGUGGCAGCCAGAACAGUACCAAUCUGCCCCACGGCCACUCCACCACACGGGUAUAGCUCUGCCGGGCUCCUUCUGUGUCAGCCACUGGACGCGCACGGCCGGAAGCCACUGACUGUGUGAAGCACACACUCUAAAGUCUCAGAUGUUAUUUUGCUAUCAUGCCUCAUGAAAAUAUUCAAAGUGAAUGUUACUAUAGUAAUAACUUUAUUUGGAUCCAAGCUUCGUGGAGUUUUACCAAAAGAAAUGGCAACCAGAGGAUGACUGUUAAUGUUCCUACAGGGACACGUGGACAGUUUCUGUGACAAAGAAGCCUUUCGGAGGCUUUUGUGCCAUAACUACACAACGGGGAGACUGAGGCAACAGUUGUUCAAAGGCAACAAUUGUGCGAAUGGAACAUCAUAUUUUCGUGGUCUUCGUGCAUCAGACACCAGACUCGGGCACAACUCUACACCCCAGCCUGAAAUGUAUUUAUGAAAACUUUGUAAAAAACCGGGAAAAAAAGAAAAAUGGUAUAUAGUUGUGUGUGGAAACAGAAAAAAAGAAAAGUUAUAUUCAAAGAGCUCCUUUUGUUCAUUUGUUUUAUUUUGGCUGAGAUUUUCUUUCUUUUCUCUGUUUGUGCUUUUUGUUGAGGUGCAUGUAAAUAUAUUUACACAUGUUUCAGUUCCUUUACGAGUCGUUUCAUCGGAAGGACCGUGGCGUGGGGGCGUGGCCCCGCGUUUGGGAGGCGUCAUGCGGUGGCCGUCACACCCACUACUGUCUCGUGUGUUGCUUUGUGUCCACUCUUUAGACAUUGCAUGUCCAGGAAAAGUCCAUUUCCAGACACGACUGACUGGAUCCCAUCACCUGCCGUCAUCCCGUUUGCUCCCAGUACAGUUUUCUUUGUGGGCUUUUUUCUGUCUUGCGAUCUCAGCACUGCCCGAGCUUACAGUGUGACCAGCAAUGUAUUAUUUAGAAAUAAAAGAGGCAGACUUUUCGGUAUCAAUAUUAGUUGGAUAUGUUUGUAAAGAAAUAUAUGUUAGAUAUUUCAAAUUGUCAUAUGCUAGCAAUAUGUAAAGUAUUGUGCCAGGCUUGUGAUAUUUUUGGGUUACAAAAGCAAGUGAAUGAGUGUAAAUAUUAAUAUUACUAUAAAAUUACAACAAAAGUAACCAUUAA